AGGGCUCUGCGGGGCCGGUCGCCCGGCGCGGAGUGGAGCGGUUGAGCGUCGCGCCGCACCGGGCCGGGCCGGGCCGAGCCGAGCCGUGCCGUGACCAAGCCUCGGCGAUGCUGGGCGUGCUGCUCCUGGCGUGCUGCCUGCUGCUGGGCGGCCGCAGCCUGUCGCGGGGCGAUGCCGCCCUCGACCGAGACGAGCUGCCCUCCCUUCGGAAUAAAGGGAUAUUUAUUAUCCAAAGAUCAGACUCUAACUUGUGUAUCAAAGUGGACACAGAUGGCCUGGUUCUGGAAGACUGCAGUCAGCUCUCCAAAAACAUGCUGUGGAAAUGGGUAUCCAAUCGUCGUCUUUUCAACAUAGGCAGAAGUACCUGUCUAGGACUGAACAUCAGUAGACCAGAACAGCCAUUGACUAUGCUUGAAUGUGAUUCAAAUCAGUACUCAUUAUGGUGGAAUUGUGAUGGCAGAGCACUGGUUGGUGUAUCAGAGUACAAAUUAGCUGUUGAAAACAGCAAACAUAUUAUAGCAAAAAAAAAAUCUAAUCAUCAGUGGAUCCAGUACAUGUCCUAUGAUGAAGACAUUUGUGAACAUCCUUUCCAAGAAACAUAUACCUUGCUGGGAAAUUCCUUCGGUUUCCCAUGUGUUUUUCCAUUUAAGUAUAACAACAAGUGGUAUUAUGAAUGUACCAGAGAUGGAAAGGAAUUUGAGUGGUGUGCCACAACAAGUCACUACGAACAAGAUGAAAAAUGGGGGUUUUGUCCUGGUGCUGCAGAGCGUGGCUGCGGCACAUUUUGGAAGGAGAACCCGGUCACACACGUGUGCUACCAGUUCAACCCAUCAGCUGUGCUGUCAUGGCAUGAGGCACGGGCAGCCUGCCAGGCGCAGGGAGGAGACCUGCUCAGCAUCACUAGCCCUGAGGAGCAGAGCUACGUCAGCAACUUGAGUCGACAGUUAAACAUCACAGAUACUGUGCUGUGGACAGGCCUGAAUCAGCUAGAGGAAGGUGCUGGCUGGCAGUGGUCGGAUGGAGCACCACUGGUAUUUGUCAACUGGAGAGCAGAUGUUUCUGAGGACCGUUCUAGUGAAAAUCAUUGUGCAGUGAUGAGUUCAAAAUUGAAAUAUGCCUGGAAAAGUUACUUAUGUGAAUCUGGAUUUCCUUUUGUGUGCAAGAAAUAUUUAAAUAAGACAGAGCACGAAACACUGGAUACAUGGAAGUAUUAUGCCACUCAUUGUGAUGCUGGCUGGUACCCGUACAAUCGCAACUGCUACAGACUUCAUAAAGAGGGGAAGAGUUGGAAUGAUGCUUUGAUCUCAUGCCAGAGUGACAGCAGUGGGCUCAUUAGUAUAUCCUCCAUGGCAGAUGCAGAGUUGCUCCGUAACUUGCUUCAACGUGAAAAUGUAACUGAAACAUGGAUUGGAUUAUAUAGUAGUAACAUCUCAGUUGUUUUUGAGUGGUCAGAUGGCACCCCAGUGAAGUUCUCAUACUGGCACAGCCAAGAACCUACUACCUUCCAAAGAAUAGGACAACUGUGUGUUUCAGCACAAGGACCUGAUGGACAUUGGAAAGUUAAACAAUGUGAAGACAAAUCUUUCUACAUUUGUGAAAAAGCAGGAAAAAUUAACAGUGUUUCUUUUGAUGCAGAAUCAAGUUGUCCAGAGGGAUGGGAAAGACAUGGUGGAUAUUGUUACAAAAUCGACAGUACCCCUCGAAGUUUUGAACAUGCUUCCAGUGGUUAUUUCUGCCCAUCUGCACUUGUAUCAGUAACAAACAGGUUUGAGCAAGCUUUUAUUACCAGCAUGAUCCAUAGCGUGGUAAAAUCUGAGAGAACUUAUUUUUGGAUAGGACUGCAAGACCUUAACAACACAGGAGAAUACUUUUGGCUAACAACAGAUGGGAAGAAUCGUUCUGUAAGCUACACAAACUGGAACAAGCAUCAGCCACGUCAUUCUGGAGGAUGUGUGGCAAUGCGGGGGCAGGACCCUGUUGGUUACUGGGAGGUAAAAAGCUGUAAGAACUUCAAAGCAAUGUCACUGUGCAAGCAAAAAGUCAAUUCUUAUGAAGAACCUGAACUUACUUUUCAAAGACAUUUGAGUUCCUGCUACUUUGGAUGGGAGUCAGAAGGCAAUUUACUCAACUGCUACAAGAUCUUUCACAGAGAGAAGGUUCUGAUGAAAAGAACGUGGAGUGAAGCAGAAGAAUUAUGUCAAGAUUUUGGAGCACAUCUUGCUAGUUUUUCCCAUGUCUAUGAAGAGACUUUUUUAAACAAUUUAUUAUAUACAAUUUUUGAUAGGACAGAAGAAAGACAGUUCUGGAUUGGAUUUAAUAAAAGAAACCCAUUUUCUGUAGGGACGUGGCAGUGGUCCGACAAAACACCUGUUGUAGCUUCAUUUCUCGAGAGCAAGUAUGUUGAAGAUGACUCAAGAAACUGUGGUGUAUUCAAAGUAAAUAGAACAGUUUUUCCAGCACCCUGCAAUGAAAAGCGUGAAUGGAUAUGCAAAAUACCAAAAGGUGUUAAACCAAAGAAUCCAGAUUGGUACAUAGCUGAACUGCCAUGGUCAUACUAUCAAGGAGCAGAGUAUCUUUUUCACGUGAAUCCUACAGACUGGGACACCUAUGAGUUCAUUUGUGUCUGGCUUCGUAGUGAAAUGGCAACAAUAACUUCUGCAGAAGAGCAAGCGUUUAUUGAAAAUAAAAUUAAGAAGCUGUCGGAUAGUGAUGUUCACUGGUGGAUUGGAUUGCACGCAGAAAACAUCAGCAAUGAAUUUCGCUGGAAGGAUGAAUCACUAAUAACAUACCAGAAUUGGAAUGAAGGCAGAGAUCGAUAUUUGCAUAAACCGGGGAAAAGAUGUGGCUUCAUUUCAUCACAAACAGGACUCUGGGAUGAUGAAAACUGUACUGUUUCUCUUCCCUGUAUUUGUAAACGUAAAAAUGCUUGGAAAAUUGAGAAAGAGGUUCCAAAAGACCAGAACCCACAAGGAAUGUGUCCCAAGGGCUGGCUGCACUUUGGAUUUAAAUGUUUUUUGAUACAAAUUCCAAAGGAUCCAGAGCACCUGAGGAGCUGGUACUCUGCACAGACAUUCUGCAGUAGGUACGACGGGUCCCUCGCUUCCCUUGAAGAUGAACUGGAACAAGCUUUCAUAACAAUGAAUCUAUUUGGUCGCAAAACUAGUGUUUGGAUAGCUUUCCAGGGUGAUGAUUAUGAAAAAUGGAUGAAUGAAAAUCCUCCAAGGUAUUCCAACUGGUCUCCAAUUGAAGCAGUGCACAGACCGCGUUAUAACAGUGUCUACGUCGAAGAACAAGUUCCACUUUGUACACUGGUAUCAAAUAACCCUAAUUUUUAUUUUACGGGAAAAUGGUACUUAGAAAACUGUGAGAAAAAUUAUGGGUUUGUCUGCCAAAAAAGGCAGGACACAUCCAGACAUAUCGUCAAUGCAUCUGAAAUGUACCCUGUGCCAGAUACUUUACAGUAUGCAAACAGAACAUAUACCCUAAUACGUGGGAAUUUGACAUGGUCUGCAGCUUUAAAAACCUGCAUGGCAAAUGGAGCUGAGCUGGUCAGCAUUGCAGAUCAGUACCACCAGGCUUUCCUCACAAUCAUUGUGAAUCGGCUGGGAUACAACCACUGGAUCGGGCUUUUCACCGCAGAUAAUGGGCUUAAUUUUGAGUGGUCAGAUGGGACUAGAUCCUUGUUUACCUUCUGGGAAGAUGAUGAGUCCCAGGCCUUGGGCAACUGUGUUUAUAUGGAUGCCUCAGGGCACUGGAAGAGUACAAGCUGUGAACAACUUCUGCCAGGAGCAGUCUGCCAUGUGCCGCCCAAGAAGAAACUCAUUGAGUAUAAAGGCUUAUGUUCAGAAAAACAUGUUCCCUGGAUCAAAUUCAAAAACAGUUGCUACAGCUUUAACACCGUUCUGCAGGGCACAAGUUUUGAUGCUGCAUAUGAAGUCUGCAGAAAUCAAGGAUCUAAUCUUCUAACUAUCAAAGAUGAAGAUGAAAAUGCCUUCAUUCUGGAGGAGUUGCACAGUUUUGGUUAUUCUGUGAAAAUGGUUUGGCUGAACGUCCUGCAUGUUACAGACAAUGAAACAGUUUCCUGGUCUGAUGGCUCUCCCUUAAAUUAUUCUAACUGGGGCAUCAGGGAGCCUGAAUUUGAUCAUCUUAAGGGGAAUUUCUGUAUCAGCCUGAGGACUGCGGAUGGUGUAUGGCAAAUAUCUCCAUGCAGAGAAAUAAAGGGAUUUGUUUGUAAAAAGAAUGCAGAUCUUAAUGCGGCAGAACCCUCUGAAAAAUCAUCCUACUCUGGACUUGCUGCUCUGGCUGUUCUCGUAACGUUUGUGAUGCUGGCUGCUGUUUCCAUUUUUCUGUGGUGCCUCUACAAACAGAACAACAGAUUCUUCAGCAGAAUACUGUGGGUCAGAAAUGCUUAUUUUCCACAGAUUAAUUCUGAUGUUCCUGCUCUGGAAGAAAGUAUUCUCAUUUCUGAUUUUGAGAAAGAUGACAAUUAAUCAGUGGGGAGAACCAAGCAGUAAUGUAUUGUGUUAAAUUCCGUGUCCUACAGUGUUUUUUUU